UAAGUGUGUGCAUUCAAAAUCAAAAGUUGCAAUGAUAAUAACAUUAACUCUUGGUUUUCUGAUUUCAGCUACUGAAUGGGUAAAGGGGAGGCAGAUGGAAGAAGUUGUAACUAUUAAGAAUACGGAAAUUGCAAAACAUCUUUCUCUCCCACCAGUUAAGCUGCACUGCAGCAUGCUUGCUGAGGAUGCAAUAAAGGCUGCUGUCAAAGAUUAUGAAGCGAAGCGUGCAAAAUCAGGUGCCAGUUCAGAGGCUGCACCUGCUGAGAAAGCAGCUAAUGCUUGAGA